AUGACCGCACUGUCAAACAGUGCGACUGUUGAAAAGAGGCUGAAGUUUGAAAACGAUACGCGUGACAGUUCGCUCCUGAGGAAGAACGGUGUCUUGAAGGAAGCCCCUGAGGUUCUUUCAACUGCCAGUCGUAACCAAGAUCCUUUGACCUUCAAUGCGGUCGCUGUGAAAAUGGAAUCUGUAAUGCAGACAAGCAGCCAUGCCAGUGCUGAGAUCAAAGUACAAGACAGUAGAAAUAAUCUCCUCCAGCUGGGUCAGCCCACUCCAAAGGAAGAAAAUAAAUCUACUACAAAACACGAUGAGAGCCACUUGACUUUCACCAAAAAUCAUAAGGAGGGAGAUGACAGGAUUCAGGACACGGUCCAGGCCGCGCCUGCCUUCCCGGUUUUGGACAGGAGCUCAGGCAGCCCGCACAGGCCCAAUCUGUCCGACAGCCACGUCAGCGAUAACGCUGGCGUUCAGGGUAGCCUCUCCGCCGGAGAGCAACAGGUCGAAGCAAACUCGCCAGACGCCGGGCCGGGCAAGCCGAACCCACCCGCAGAGAAAACCAAAGCCAGCCUCCGUCUGAGUCUCAAUCCCGACCCCGUCGUCUCGGACCAGGACGUCCAGAUGCUGAGUCCGGACAGUCCGGCCUGCCCGGGCGCCGCGUUCGGUGACCCUGGAGAAGGCCCCGUUACCUGUAGACUGACGGGCUCCGCUCUGGAGUCCCAGCCUUCCACAGACCCAGACACCUUAACUAUGGACGAGUGCAGCGAUAAAACUGAGAUAACAGAUAUGGAAACUGAGGAGCCUGCGAAACCAAACUCCAGUACUGGUUCAGACGUGCGUACAGACACUGUGAAGGAAGAUCACACUGAUUCUCCACUCACACUGAGUCCGCAGAUGCCGGCGGAUCUGAGGGACAGGAAGUGGCUGGGGACGCCCAUCGAAGAGUUGAGAAGGAUGCCACAGUGUGGCCAGUCCCUACCGCGCUUGAGGGCAACAGACAGUCAUAAAGUCCUGAUUAGGACAGAUCUGCUUAAAGAAGGAGAGGUUCCCGUCCCGUACCCAAAUAAAUUCAGAGACACCUGGGAUGAUGUGUCUGUCAAGAUGCCUUGCUCAGAGAAGAACCUCUUUCCUGUGGAGAAUGAGGACGGGGGUGGAGUGCAGAGCCGCUGGGAGCUGAUCUGCACGGCUUUAAAAAGUAGCUGUAAAAGCUCCCUGGACGUCAGGGAUGCGAUCUUGAGUUACAACACUGCCCACGCAAAGAGAUGGGAUUUCACCGCUCUGAAUGUCCUGUGCACAGACGGUCUGGAGCACUGCGAAAUCAAACACCUGUUUGACGUCCUUCUGCCGGAGAUGGUGAAGUUAGCACUGAGUGCCCCCAACAUCUGUACCCACCCCAUCCCUCUGCUAAAGCUGAAGAUGAAUCAGUCUCUGACCAUGUCUCAGGAGCAGAUCUCCUGUCUGCUGGCCAACGCUUUCUUCUGCACGUUCCCGCGACGCAACUCACGCAAGUCCGAGUAUUCCAACUACCCCGAGAUCAACUUCUACAGAUUGUUUGAAGGUUCCUCUCCUCGAAAGAUCGAGAAGCUGAAAACUCUUCUGUGUUACUUCAGACGGGUGACUGAGUCCAAGCCCACGGGUUUGGUGACGUUCACAAGGCAAAGUCUGAGCAGUUUUCUAUCCUGGGAAAGCUCACAUACAGAACUGACCAGACUCCACAUCACCUGUGAGGGGACCAUCGAAGACCAGGGCUAUGGAAUGCUCCAGGUGGACUUUGCGAACAGGUUGGUGGGAGGAGGGGUGACGGGCCUGGGCCUGGUCCAGGAGGAGAUUCGCUUUCUCAUCAACCCCGAACUCAUCGUUUCACGUCUCUUUACCGAAGCUCUGGACCACAAUGAGUGUCUCAUUAUUACAGGCACGGAACAGUACAGUAAGUACUCUGGCUACGCGGAAAGCUUCAGAUGGAAGGAAAACCAUAAGGACGAAACACCGAGGGAUGAGUGGCAGAGGAGAUGUACAGAGAUUGUGGCUCUGGAUGCUAUCAAAUACAGGCAGUUCAUGGAACAGUUUCAUCCUGAGAAAAUGACCAGAGAGCUCAACAAGGCAUACUGCGGGUUUGUGCGACCGGGUGUUAAACCGCAGAAUCUCUCGGCUGUCGCCACGGGCAACUGGGGAUGUGGUGCGUUUGGAGGAGACACAAGACUCAAAGCCCUCCUGCAGCUGAUGGCGGCGGCCGAAGCCCGCAGGGACGUGGCCUACUUCACUUUCGGAGACGCCGAGCUGAUGAGGGACGUGCACGACCUGCACACUUUCCUCACGGACAGACACGUCACUGUAGGUACCCUGUAUGCUCUGCUGAAGCAGUUCUACAGUGAGGUGUGUAAGGGCAGCUGCAGCCCAAGGCCUAGCGUCAGUCUGUACGGAUUCAUCUACGAACGCGUCAGCUCCGAUCCAGAGCCCAGACCCGACUGCACAGACAACGACUCGACCCCCGCGUCCUGCCAUUAACGCCGACCCGCUAGUGACUUAACCCUGGUCUCUGACUGGACAGACACUUCCUGCACCUCAGUGCUUCUGUCUUUCUUUCCAUACGCACUUCUUUUGUAUGUGACCUCUGAGAUGUGAUUAUAGGAAAGCACAGUAAUGCCUUUGUUGUUUUUUUUACUGGCGUGUGUAACACUUAGUGAAAUCACUAUAUAUUAUGUAAUUAGAGUGUUUCUCCCCCUGCCUCCCCAGUCCUGCAUGGUUUUGGUCUCUAUCUGCUCUAACACCUGACUCAGCCAAUCCAGGGCCUUGAUUAUUAGCUGAUGGGGUGAAUCAGGUGUGUUAGAGCAGAGGAGAGAUUUAAAAUGUGUAGGUCUGCAUUCCAGCAGGACCAGGCUGGGGAGGAGGGGGGGGGGGGGGUGACACUCAUUUAGAGAAAUAAGAUGAUAGCAAUAGUACCACAAGUUGCUGUAGACACUUUUUUUUUUCUC